AUCUCCGAAGCGUCGAAGGAGAUUAUGGCGGCCCAGCAGCAACUGCGUGGGGCCUCAAAGAACAGCGCCUUCGAGGCGAUCCUGAGGGCGAUGCUCAAGGCGGCGCGGAAGAAGCGCAGCAUCGCGAGGUGGAGAGCACUGGAAACGUUCUUCGAGGGCUAUGUACGGCAGCUCGAGAAGAAGAGCCGCGAGGGGGAUCAGGCGGGUUUCUACAGGCACCUGAAGAUGAUCGACGUCGAAGGUAAGAGGUCGUUCACCUCUCAGAACAUCAAGGACGAGGACGGCAAGGUCCUUCGGGACCCCACGUUUAUUCGCCAACGGUGGGCAAGGUGGUUCCACAAGCUUCUCAACACCAAGUCGCCGACCAUCGACCUGCAUGCGGCUGACAAGGUCAAGCGGUGGCCCACGUGCGUGCCACUCGACGACAUCCCAUCUCUACGUGAGGUUGAGGAAGCGGUACGGGAAAUGGCCAACAGAAAGGCCGUCGGGCCGGACGACCUACCGGCUGAGCUGAUCAAGCUUUUCCUGGACGGAGAUCAAGGUCUCCUCCGCGAAUUCCACGCCAUUGUCGUGGACGUGUGGCAGACUGGGGACGUACCACAGCAAUGGAAGGAUGCCACCAUCAAAGUGCUUUUCAAGAAGGGGGACACGAUGGGGUGCGGCAACUACCGGGGCAUCUCUCUCGUUGUCUUAUAUCCAGACAGUAGUUCGUGA